GUGUUGGUUAAAGUUUGACUACCUCUGGCAAAACAAAACAAAGCAGAUUAAAGAUGAUGCCAUUGCUCAUUGCUGAACACGUCGAGAAGCUAUGGGAUACUUGGAAUAUCAGAGUCCUAAUUAUUCUAAGUCUCUUGGUGCAGUCUUUCCUAAUUCUGUCUGCACAAUUAAGAAAGCGAAGAGGUGGGAAAUGGUUCAUCAAGAUUCCACUCUGGAUAGCAUACCUACUUGCAGAUUGGGUGGCUACAUUCACUAUUGGACUCAUGUUGCGUGCUGAACGCAGUGACAUCGUAGCCUUUUGGGCACCCUUUCUUUUAUUGCAUCUUGGUGGCCCUGACACCAUUACUUCCUUCUCUCUGGAGGACAAUGAACUCUGGAUUAGGCACUUGCUUGGGCUCAUAUUACAAGUUAGUUCGACUAUGCAUGUUAUCCUUCAGUCACUCACACAUAACAAACUUUGGCUGCCAACUCUCCUAAUUCUAAUUGCAGGGGUAAUCAAAUAUGCUGAGCGCAACGGUGCCUUUUAUCUCGCAAGCUUUGACCAUUUUGGGAGUAAUUGGUCAUAUAUAUCACGUCUGCCUCCCAUUCCAGUACAAUUUGAACAAGUUCUUAAGUCACAGGGUUGGGAAUCGAGUAAACGACCGUCUUCGAUAAUUCUUGUGCCAGCUUACUGGAAGUACUACCAUAAUAAGUUGGGGGAGUUUGACAUCUGCCUGACAUAUGGGUUGCUGAUCGGGGCAUUGGCAUUGGAUUUGAUAUCCAUCUGUUUGUUUGAAACCAUAAGAAGAAGCAUCCAGUGUGUGUCCCUCGAAAAUUUUGUAGAGGAACAAGCUUGGAAGCUCAUUUUCACAACGCUACGAGAAAAGGAUAUUGGCGAGGCUGGCAAGGAAAUCUUUAGUCCGUCUAGAAUUCUCACCGGUCAUAUUACCAACUUCGCUUGGACCCUCGACAGGUUUGAGCACAUGGAAAGCCUUCUGAUAUGGCACAUAGCCACUGAAAUAUGCUACCGAAAAGUAUGUCCAGAAAACAGCUCCAGCAGUUCUACAUCAACAUCUAAUGAUCGUUUCGAUCACCGAAAAAUAUGCAAGUUGAUUUCAGAUUAUAUGUUUUACCUUUUGGUAAUGGAGCCUACCACCAUGACAGCCACCUCGCCUAACAGUUUGAAGAUGGUUUUUGAGGCCAAAGAUGGACCAUGGGAGUGGCCAGGUUAUUGGAAGAAGGGAUCCACAGAAACAUUCAUUAAAGAUCUACUGCAUAAGCUAUUGGAAGACGAAGCUGAAAUUGUUUAUAGAAAUCUAGGUCUGUGGAAGAAAGAUGUGGACAGGUUAGAACCCAAGGAAAAGGAUAGAAUAGCUAGCUUUCCGAGGAUAACCGUUGCAGGUUUUCUUGCCAAGGAGCUUCUCCAAUAUCAGCCCGGUGGUUGUCUGUGGAACUUAAUGAGCAGAUUUUGGAUAGAAAUAUUAUGCUAUGCUGCUAUUCAUUGCCAACCCAUUGUCCACGCACGACAACUAUGUUUUAGCACAACCGAAGCGUAUGGCAAAGGACAGGAGACGUCAGGAUGCGUCAACAGAUUCGCAAGUGUAACCGUUGGAUCUUACGAAAGAAGAGAUGACUAGACGAGUAGAGACAGCAUUGCAAGGCCCUCCUUGGCCUCUUCUAUCCUUGUUCUUUCAGAAGGAACUCGUUCACGAGUUGGAGAUCAUCUCAGCCACUUCAUAAAAUUGUCUGUUAAAU